AUGGAUAACGUGAGACGCGUGAUGGAGGGCGUCUCCAUCCGAGAGGUAGUAGCAGGGGAUCCAUACGAGGUUAAGAAGAACCUGGAGAACCUGGCUGCAAGGUGCACAGGCGCCAUGGCAGCGUUGCCAGGCCCAAGCGCGACUAAGGACCUGAAUAGAGGUAAACCCCAGGAAACAGUGAGGACUCCGACGGUGGGAAGGAAACUACCUGUCAUUACGGAUAUGACGGUGGUUAAGGAGGCCACGAGGGGGAAAGCCACUCGUAAGCGCACUACGAGUGAUACAAAGACGGGGCCGGCGGGCAGAUCAGGCCCCAUUGCGGAACCCAGUACCAGAAGUAGGGCUAUGGCCUCAACGGCGAGGGGAAAGAUGUCGGGCGGGCUAAGCGCGACGCAACCUCUGCCCCAGAAGCAGUCCAAGAAAACACCGCAGCCGGACAAGGAGGAUACCCCUUGGACGGAAGUAGUGAAGAGAGGCGGAAAAGGCAAAGGCCCUAAGUCGGCCUCCCAACCGGCACCGGUAGCCUCGGGCUCGAAACAAAUGCCCAAGACGGGGCCUGCUGUCAGGGGAGAGGCCAAAGGAGAGACACGGGUGAACGCGCCAGCCAGGAACGACAAAAAGAAGAGGAGGGCUCCGAGAACGGCGGCGGUAUCCUUGACAUUCCCCAAGGGGAUGUACGAAGAGGGAAUAAGAGGGAUAAGGUCCAAAAUAAAACUCGAGGACAUCAAUAUCGAGGAACUGAGACCAAGACGGGGACUCACAGGGGCAUUAAUAUUGGAAAUCCCUGGUGAAAACGCACAGGAGAAGGCAGACACCCUGGUCCAGAAAAUCAGGGAGGUAGUCGGGGACGCGGAAGGGGUGAGAGUUGCGCGGCCCGUUAAGACGGCAGAACUCCGGAUCAAAAAUCUGGACGAGUCUAUCACGCAAGACGAGAUAAGAGACGCAGUGGCGAGAGCAGGCCAAUGUUCAAGCCAAGACAUCAAGCUGGGCCCAAUCAGAGUGGCUGCCAACGGCCUCGGAACAGUGUGGGCUCAAUGUCCGCUCGUGGCGGCAAAACGGGUGGCAGAACCUGGCCGCAUAAGAGUCGGUUGGGUCGCUGCACGGGUGGAGCUGCUCGAGGCAAGGCCACUCGUGUGCUUCAGGUGCUUGGAACGCGGACACGUCCGGGCCCAAUGUAAAAGCAAGGAGGACCGCACGAACGUGUGUUAUAGAUGCGGAGAAGAGGGGCACGAGUCUGCCGGAUGCUCCGCCAAGCCGAGGUGUGCGGUCUGCAAAGACAGGGGACUGCCCGACUCCCACAAGGCAGGGGGGGCCGCUUGCCCGCCCAAGUCAAAAAGGGCGGCAAAAAAGGAGAGACGAGAGGCACGACAGCAGCCAGCAACCCAAACUCAGGGCCCACGAUCACACAAGGCAGACCAGGCUGAGGCUGCUGCUGUAAACCUUAUCGACCGAAGCAUGGAUGUGGAGGUCGAAGAUGGGAAGACGGAAUCCCUAGACUGGGACCAUUUAGACACUCCGGCGGGUCUUAUGGGGGGAAAUCGUGCACACGGGACGCAAAGCCAGGCUGAUCUGGCUGUGCGCAUAGAAGCGCAGGAUCUUUUCCUGCACACCCUGGCGGAGCGUGGUUGUGGCAUAGGGGUCAUAGCGGAGCCAUAUAACGUUCCCAAGAACCCCAACUGGGCGGGGAGCCUGGACGGUUCGGUAGCCAUCACAUGGCGCAGAACGGGACAGAGGCAGGUUCCCUGGUCCAAGGUCUCAGAGGGAGAGGGCUGGAUCCUGGUGGACUGUGACACGAUCCUAAUCAUGGGCGUGUACCUAAGGCCCAGCCUCACCAGGAUGGAACUAGAGGAUAGAUUGGACAGGAUGGAGAGGGAACUGAGAAGUUUCCUCCCCAGACCCAUUCUGGUCGCCGGGGACUUCAACGCGAAGUCCGCAGACUGGGGUUCCCGGCGACCAGACGUGAAGGGGGCGGAGGUUGUCGCCUGGGCGGCUCGCCUGGGCCUCAAGCUCGAAAACCGAGGCAGUGCGAGCACUUGCGUAAGGCCCCAAGGAGAGUCCAUUGUGGAUUUAACAUGGACAUCCCCGGCAGCAGCCAACUGGGUGGAAAACUGGAGGGUGAUGGAGGAGGCUGAGACGCUGUCGGAUCAUCUCCUGAUAGAGAUGACCCUCGUUAGGCCAACAGCGAGAGGUAGGAUGGACUCGGGGACCAACUCGCGUAUCAGGUGGGCGGUUGGCAAAUUAGAUCAGGACAUGCUCCUUGCCACACUGAAGGCGGCCACCUGGCCCCAGGGGGAGCCCCAACGAGACGUGGAGAGAGAGGCCAAAUGGCUGAGGGAGACCCUGACUCGGGCAUGCGACAGUUCCAUGCCCAGAGCCAGGUUCACUCCUCGAAGAUACGCGUUUUGGUGGUCCGAUGCGAUCGCCGAAUUAAGGCAAGCGUCGAUUCGGCAUCGGAGAACCUUGCAGAGAGAGAGGAAAAAACCGAUUGCACGGGAACGCCUAGAAACUCUCCUGACCAACUAUAGGGAGAGCCGAAUCGCCUUAAAGCAGGCGAUUCGAAAGGCUAAGGAAACAGCCUGGGCGGAAUUAAUAGACGCCCUGGACGAGGACCCGUGGGGGAGGCCGUAUAAACUCAUUCUGAAGAGACUUUCGAGCGGGGCCCCUCCGACGGUUGAAUCAUUGAGGGUGGACUUCCUUGAUCAAGUCGUGAACACCCUGUUCCCAGCGGGAGGUCGGGGAGGAACCGUUCAGGACGGUGGCGACGAACCAGUGGAGGAGGGAACUCCUCAAGAAUGGGAUGAAAGCAUGGCAGUUUCCAGAGAGGAAAUCAGUAGGGCCGCAAAGAAAUUAAAGGCCAGAAAGGCACCAGGUCCAGAUGGCGUCCCGGGCACCGUCUGGAGGAUAGCUUUAGGGGAGCUGGCGGACAGGGUAUCGGCGCUGUACACGGCAUGCCUGAGAGAACGGAAGUUUCCAGAAAUCUGGAAGGACUCCAGUCUCGUUCUCCUGCGUAAAGAGGGGAAGCCGGAAGACGCCCCUAAUGGAUACCGGCCGAUAUGCUUGCUGGACGAGGUGGGCAAAACACUCGAACGAGUUAUAGCGGCCCGCCUGGCCCGGCACAUGGACAAUUCGGGGCGUUGUCUGUCCGAAAGACAAUUUGGAUUCCGGGAGGGAAAGUCAACGAUUGACGCAAUCAAGUACGUCAAAUCCCUCUCGGACCUGGUGAUUGAGGGGGGGGGAGUUGUUACGGCGGUUGCUAUCGAUAUAGCGAACGCCUUCAACUCCCUCCCCCACGAGGUCAUCAACAGGGCCUUAACGAGGUUUGGAUUCCCGGGGCCCCUGGCCGGCACAGUUAGGGACUAUCUGAAAGGCAGAUGGAUUACCUGCACGGAUAGAGGGGGCGACCGUCGCAGUUGGGCGGCGGGCUGCGGUGUCCCGCAGGGGUCGGUCCUAGGACCACUCCUGUGGGAUAUUGCAUACGACGAGGUUCUGGAUGCGGCCCUGCCCGCCGGCAGCACCUUGGUGUGCUACGCUGACGACACCUUGGUGCUCGCGGGUGGGGAUGACUGGGCGAGGGCGGCCGAGAAGGCUAACUUGGCGGUCGCCUGCGCCAUCAGGGCAAUUAGAGCGUUAGGCCUGGAGGUUGCCGCUAAAAAAACAGAGGCUGUGUACCUCCACGACGGCUCCCAUGGGAACCGUGCCCCAGGCGUAUAUAAACAUCGAGGGGACGCGCAUCCGGGUAGGAGAAAGUAUCCGGUACCUGGGACUCCAGAUUGA